UACAAUGGGAAAAAAAAUAUCAAAAAAGUUUUUGAAAUUAAACAUAUUUGAGCAUUUCAAAGGUCACCAAAUUCCUCCUGGGGUAGAAGGAGGAAGAACAGUUGAAGAAAAUGCACUGAGAUCAUAAAAAGAACGAUAAAGCAUUACAAAGUACAACGUUCUGCAGAAUGAACUUCACAAGGGAACGCAGUUAUGGUAAUGCCUCCAGGAAAGCCUGGACACAAGUGCCGAGAGUUGGAUACAAGGAAUAAUUAUUUAUCCUAUGUCGGCUGAAUAUAGAGGAUUAUGGGAAAAUCAAAGCUGCGGUCACAAAUGAAUUAGAGAGGUGUCUUCCUUUGGCCACAUUCUGGAAGGAGUGAAGAUCGGUGUGAUAUCUGGAGGAGAGAGUUAAAAUACUGGAAACAAAAAUUGCAACAAUGGAGGAGAUCGAGAGACAAACACUUGAUAAGCUUUACCAUAUAAAAAGCAUCAUGAAAGAGGCACAAAGUCACAAGAGGCCCGGACGGUUUCAGAGAAGAAUAUCUAGGAGGACAUCAGGACACAAGGUUGGGAUCUUCUGUUCGGAGGAGAUGAACACCAGAUGGCUAGAAGAAGUGUUGAGUUCUAAGAUUUUUAAUGGUCAAGUUAGGAAGUUUGAAUGCAUCAUAUUUAAAGGCAAAAAGAACAUAAAAGAGGACGCUUCCAAGUACACUUUCUGCAUCUGCCUUUGUAAUAGGCAAAACUGGACCCACAUUGUGUCAUCUCCAUGGAGAGAGGCGGUGGAGAUACUUUUGGGACUGAGGCCCCUGAUAGUGGUGAUUCUUGAUGCGAAGGACAGCAGUGAGAAUGGGAAGAAGAAGAUUCUACAGACCCUGAGCAAUGCUGGAAUAGAAAGCAGACAUCUCUUUCUCUUUAGCAGAUCAGAUACCCGCACACAGCACCCCAGUCCAAAAAUCCAGACAGAACCAGAGCCCAGAGGUCCUGAUGUUGGCAAUGCAAAAGAGAAAAAAAACAGUCUAUUUGAUACACUGAAAAAAAAAUUGACAAAUCGUAGUAAUCGUAGUAAAAAAGGUUCCCGGCCUCCACUUCCCAACCUAGACACCCCAGACCAGGACAGAUCUAGGAAUCCUUCCGUCUCCUAUCCAGGACACACACAAGAAAAGCCUUCUUAUAAAGAAUCUACAAAAAUAGAAUGUCCUCCCAGUUAUUCCAAACUCCCAAAGAGGGAGAGGUCGGAGAGCUUGGAGUGUGGUGCUGCAGGAAAACCUGGGGUUUCUGAUCCAUAUACAGGUGCAAAAAAGGUAAGAGUAAGAAAACUAAGUAAAGGGGGAUCUAUUUUAUGGGGGACCUGCCCUGGCCUGGCCUGCUCUAUAGGGGAUCUAUAUGAAGGACCCUGGCCUGGCCUGCUCUAAAGGGGGAUCUAUAUGGGGGACCCUGGCCUGCUCUAAAGGGGAUCUAAAUUGGGGACCCUGGCCUGGUCUGCUCUAAAGGGGGAUCUUUAUGGGGGACCCUGACCUGGCCUGCUCUAAAGGGGAUCUAUAUGG